AUGAAGUGCAAGCCCUUCUUUAUCCAUGCCGAACUUACCGAAGAAAGUCUCUCCAGUGAGGCAACCUCAAUCGUUUUGUUCUUCAUUUCGCAGUUUGGAGGCCUCAUUGUGCGGGCUGAACAAGAUCCAUCGUUACUUUCAACAAGUCAUACAUCUUCCGUAUACAUCAUUGGACUAUCUUUUGGUCUCCUUCCUGCCACUGCAGCAGCUACAGCUAGAGAUGUUGGCGAGCUUUUAGCCAUAGGGAAAUCACUAGUUGCUGUAACCUUUCGACUGGGCUUGCAACAAACGAGAAAGGCAUUAGAAAUUGAGAGUACACCAGGAUCAUGGGCCACGGAAGUUACCAAUAUUGCACCAGGGGAGGUAGAAGCUAUUCUUAGCGCUUUCAACAAUGACAUGGCUGUCCCAAAACACCGGCGCAUGUACAUUAGGACAAUAACUAAUCGGGGAGUCGUAAUCUCCGGCCCACCGUCGGUCUUCUCUGAACUGUAUUCCUACUCACCGAUAUUGGCAUCGAUUUCUAAGACACAGUUACCACUGAAAGGCCUCGCUCAUGCGCCUCACAUCCCGCCACUCGAUAUUGAUGGAAUCCUUGGUACCUCACCAGUAUUUCAGUUUCCUGUCCGAGAAAAAGUACAUGUCUUAUCGACUAGUUCUUCUCGGCCAUUCGAGGGGCAAGAUCUCGGUAGUAUACUCGCUGAGGCGUUGGUUGAUAUCACUCAGCGGAUGCAAAAUCUGACUGGAGUAUCUAAUUACUGCGUCUCGGAGUUUCAAAGUGACAAGACUGUUGAACUCGUCACAAUUGGUCCUCAAAGCCAAGCUGCUAUUCAGUCAAACAUGGAAAGACUUCGAGAUGGAUCUGAUCUGGUGGCUGUCGUUGGCAUGUCAUCACGCCUACCAGGAAGCGAAGACAUAGACAGUUUCUGGGAAAAUCUUCAGGCGGGCCGUCAAUUCGAAUCGGAGAUUCCAGCAAGUAGAUUCGAUCUUGAAACCCACUACGAUGCAACAGGAGCUAGGAAAAACACAACGACCAGCUGCUAUGGCUGCUUUCUGAACAACCCGGGAUUUUUUGACAACCGACUGUUUAGCAUUUCUCCCCGUGAAGCUCAGCAGAUGGAUCCGGCCCACCGUAUCCUCCUCAUGUGUGGUGGAUCGAUCCUUACAGCACCUGAUCUGUUUGCAGGACUGAGUAGGGCCGGGUUCCUCUCCAAAACUCCUGGAGGAUGCAAAACAUUUAGAGAAGAUGCCGACGGCUAUUGUCGUGCCGAUGGCGUGGGGUUGGUGGUUUUGAAGCGCCUUGAAGACGCUGUUUCGGACAACGACAAUAUCCUGGCGGUGCUAAGAAGAGGCACCAGAAAUUCUUCCUGGAAUUCGAUUUCUAUAACUCACCCAAGCGCUGAUGCCCAACUCAGCGUGGUCCGGGAGGUGCUCCGGAAUGCUGGCGUGGAGCCAAAAGAAAUUGGCUUCGUCGAGAUGCACGGCAUAGGCACUCAAGCUGGCGAUGCAAUUGAGAUGGAGGCUGUCAGCAGAGUCUUUGGAAAUGAUCGCACAAAGGAAAAUCCUCUAUAUGUCGGCUCUGUUAAGCCCAGCGUUGGGCAUGGAGAGGCUGCCUCGGGAGUUACUUCGCUUAUCAAGGCCAUUGAGAUGCUGCGCAACAACACAAUUCCUCCUCAACCAGGUUUUUCGGGACCACGGAACAAAAAGUUUGCUUACAUAGAUGAGCUGAACAUUCGUGUUCCCGAGACGAAUUUGCUGUUUCAAUUUAGUCCUUUUAGUCGCGAUGGAAAGAGGCGAAUCUUGAUCAGCAAUUUUGAUGCUACUGGUGGCAACAAUGCCAUGCUCCUCGAAGAUGCACCUGUUCGGCCACAGAAGACUGGCAUAGAUCCAAGAAGUCAUCAAGUAAUUGCCAUAUCCGCGAAAACUACGUAUUCUCUUAAGAAGAAUAUGGAGAAGCUCCUGGACUACCUGGAGCGCCAUCAAGAUAUCAGGCUCUCUGAUCUUGCGUAUACUACGACAGCCAGGCGUAUCCACGAGGACUUGCGGAGGAGCUAUGCGGUGGAAAAUGUUGACCAGCUUCGCCAGUUGCUGGAAACAGAUUUGCGAAAAGAUGGUGACCGCAAUAUUUCGCCUGUCAAACGUUCCUCAAUAGUCUUCACUUUUACAGGUCAAGGCUCACAAUACGGGGGGAUGGGGAAGCAGCUCUUUGCUACUUCUCCUAGAUUUCGCCGAACUGUGGAAUCAUUACAUGAGAUAUGUAAACGGCAUGGAUUCCCUUCAUUGAUUGACCUCAUUGCCUCUGGAGAAGCUAGUAUUGAGAGGUACAGCUCGGUUCAAACACAACUGGCCAUCAUUGUUCUGGAAAUAGCAUUAGCUGAUCUAUGGAAGUCAUGGGAUAUUGAACCAGACCUCGUUAUUGGCUACAGCCUGGGUGAAUACGCAGCAUUAUAUGUAGCUGGCGUGCUUUCUAUUCACGAUGUAUUAUAUCUCGUGGGAAGGCGGGCAAUGCUAACCCAAGAGAAGUGCUCUUCAGGUACUCACGCCAUGUUAGCAAUUCAAGCAUCACAACAAAAUGUCGAAGAGAAGAUAUUCUCAUAUCCCUCUUGCGAGAUCUCCCGCAAAGGCGCGCCCAAAUCGACCGUCAUUAGUGGAUCGGUUGAUGAUAUCGUCAGUCUUCAGAGCCAGCUGAAGACAGAGGGCUACUCAUGCACAUUGCUUGAUGUUCCUUACAGCUUUCAUAGUUCUCAAGUGGAUCCUAUUCUGGAUGACUUCAGAAACAUUGCUGAGAAAGUCAAUUUCGGCAAGCCGCGUAUACCUGUGGCAUCGACGUUGGUAGGCGCUGUCGUGAGGGAUGAAGGCGUCUUUUCACCAUCUUAUCUGGCAAACCAAGCUCGCAAGCCGGUUGACUUUAUAGGAGCACUAGAGGCUUGCCGGAAUGAGAAUUUAGUUGAUGAUGACAGUGUAUGGAUCGAAAUUGGACCUAAGCCGGUACUUAGCUCGCUUGUUGGUAAUGCUCUCAACGUUCCGAGACGCAAGCUCCUACAUACAACUAAUAAUAAAGAGGAGGAUUGGAAGGCUAUCUCGAAGUCGAUGGCGUCUGCCUAUCUAGAGGCCUUGCCUAUCAACUGGACUAAUUUCCACCGAGAAUACGUCCAGUUCCUCAGUCUACUCGAGCUGCCGUCGUAUGCUUUCGACUUGAAGAACUAUUGGAUUACCACAAAGAAGGCUUCGCAGGUUGAAGUUCAGACAUUAGCCGGGACACAAUCCACCCCAUCUGUACCCGGGUUUCCCACUACAACUCUCCAACGCGUUCAAGAGGAGUCGUUUGACGAGCUCAAGGCAGUGGUGACCUUCGAAUCCAUGAUGUGCGAGCCGACGUUUUUAUCUGUUGCGCAGAGACACAUAAUAAAUGGGGUACCUCUCUUUCCUGGUAGUACAUUUGUGGAUAUGGCGUUUUCGGCGGCAAAAUAUAUAUAUCAGAGGACAGAAUCUGGGAACGCGGUUCCAGCAAUGUCUCUCGCUAACCUGACCAUGAUGCAUCCUCUGAUACCUGAUCUCGAUAAGAAGCUGGACCAAGUCGUUAUAACGAGAGCAGAGAGAAAGAGUGGAAGCUUAGUGGUCACAAUCAGCUUUGGUUCUCGCAAAGGGAGGAUCACAGAAGAUUGUGCGAGCUGUCAAGUUCAUUUUGGAGAUGAAAUGGACUGGAAGAAUGACUGGGCUUGCAAUGAAUACUUUAUCAACGCUGCUAAGGAUAAUAUCGUUCGAUGUGCGAAAGCUGGCUCUGGACAUUGCCUCCACCAGAAAAUAGUGUACAAACUCUUUGCCAACCUCGCGCAUUAUGAUGCGUCAUUUAAGGCUAUGGAGGAGGUAUUUGUGGAAGAAGAUUUCACCAGUAAUGCCGUUGCAUGGGUGAAGCUGCCUCCGACGGACACGCAUAACUUCACGUUUAGCCCUUAUUGGGCCGAUUCUCUCAUUCAUGUUUCCGGGUUUUUGUUAAAUGGAAAACCGGAUGACGAUGGAGACGACGUCUGGAUUAUUACCAAAUUAGGAACCUUUCGUAUGUUGAGCACCCUGCAGUCUGGGACGCAGUAUCAGAGUUAUGCGCAUAUACAAAAGGCGACUGAUGAUGGUGCUGCACAUUGCGAUGUCUACGUCUUUGCAGGGGACAAAAUCGUCGGUUCUAGUACUGGAAUGAUAUUCCAGAGAGUGGCUCGACGGCUUCUUGAUGUUGUGCUCGGGAAAAGCUCAGCGCCGAUCAGGAAUACCAUCACGUCCAAACCAAUACAUACCGCCGCCCGAGCCAUCCAACCAGGAUUUGAGGAUUUCCAGACAAAUGUCAUCGCAGUUAUCCUUGCCAGUACAGGGGUUGAUCCAGCUGAUGUUGAACCUUCGACUCAAAUCGCUGAUUUGGGCCUUGAUUCAAUCUUGUCAAUUGAAGUGAUUGGCGAGAUCAAGAAGAAACUCGGAAUUGACCCUGCUGAUGUUGAGCCAUUCACGCGUAUUAGCGAUAUGGGCCUUGACUCUAUCUUGACCAUUGAAGUCAUUGGCAAACUCAGAAAUAAAACGGGUGUAGAACUUCCGACCUCUUUCUUCAAUCAACACCCAACAGUUGCAGAUGUUAAGAAGGCACUUGGUCAUGCCGGCCAACCGAACGCAAAUGAACCCUCUGAGAUUAGCCCCUUGACGUCCAUUUCUAACUACUUUAGCAAUGUUAUCUUGGUCCAAGGCAGCGCAACUUCAAACAAAAUUCCGCUCUUCCUGAUAGCCGAUGGUGGUGGAUCAGCGACGUCGUACAUGAGCCUUUCGCCUUUAUUCCCAGGCAAUAAUCCAGUAUACGGGUCUGAAUCACCGUUUCUUGACAAUCCGGAAGACUAUGUCUACACGAUAGAAGAAGUCUCUGACCUUUAUGCUGCUGCCAUCCGCAGAAUACAGCCACAUGGACCUUAUCUCUUAGGCGGGUGGUCUCUUGGAGCUCUUGUUGCCUUUGAGGUUAGCAAACGGUUCUUGAGCGAUGGAGAGGUCGUCCAAGGCCUUUUUGUUCUUGACUUCAAGUUUCCUGUAUCCGAUGAGAAUCGCAUUAUGCCAACGAUGGAGACAGUGGAGAUGAUUGGUAUGGCAAAUGGUGUCAAUGUUCUUGGUAAGGGCAAUUGGGCACCUGCUACUUACAAGGCCAAAUUACACUCUCUUCAAUCGCUCAGAGCAACAGCCAAGUAUAAAAUGCAGCCGAUGAAUCCAGGAAGUUCACCGUUGAAUACCUACGUAGCCUGGGCUGGCCUGGGUCUCGAGACGUUGCUUGGUGAAAUACCGGCUGGCAUUCAAGAGAUCCUCAAGGCGCACUCGGAUCCGAACGCAAACUUCCGAGCAGAUGCUAUGUUGUUAUGGCUCUUUGGGGAGCGUCAGAAGCAUGAAGGACCGGAUGGAUGGGACGAAGAGACUCGAGGCCCAGUUUACUGCUCGUCGUUGCCUUGCGACCACUUCACUAUGGUUAACAAGCCUUUUGCCGAACAUACCGGGAAGCACCUACGAGAGCUGCUUACUCGGUGUCUAGCUAGUUAG